AUGUUGCUCGACGAAGAUCCCGCGACGCUCAUCCAUCACACCAUCGGCAAUUUCAAUAUCCAACCGGACAAGCAAGCUGUCACCCGCAUCAAUGACUCCUUGUCAACUCUGCAACAAUCCCGCGAACUCCGGAAGCGCGAUGCCGAGUCCGCUCUGCGCAAGCUCUCCCGGAACCUCCAAGCUCUGACCACGCAGCAUGAGGAGGCCGUUGCAGCGCACGACUCGGCCAAACACGGGGCGCAGAUGGUUGAACUCGACACAAAGAAGUUCCGUAUUGCCAAGGCGGCGACGGAGUAUGAGAUCGAGGCGGAGCGGCUGGAAGGCGAGCUGGAAAUGCUCAAGGAGAGGUUGGCCGAUCUGGAAGCCCAAGGACUGGAGGGUGAUGAAACUACGCGAAGGGAGAGAGAGGCUGAUGACGCGACUAUUUUACGGCUCAAGAUCUACCGCUCCAUGGGCAUUGACAUCGAGGCGGACGACGCUGGCAACUUUGGCAAGGCGGUGAUUCGGAACAGUCGCAAGGGAGAUGUGCACGUGGUCAACAUCGACCCGAAGUUCUCGCGGUUCUUUUAUGCCAACUACUUCUGGUCGACGAUGCAGGGUUGA